AUGUUGAUAAUUCUCGAUAUGGCAAAUGGUGACGAAUUUCUAUCAGAAUUACAACAAAUUCGUAAUAGUGAUGAUCAUUUAAUAGUUAUCACAUUGUUACUUGAUAUUGGUAGAAACUUAUUACAAGAUAAAACAAAUUUACGAAAUAAUACGUUGCCUAUUGAAUAUGUUCAUGAAACAUUUCAGUCAUAUCCCGGUGCUAUCAAAUGUCUAAUUGAUAUGGGUUUUGAAAAGAAUGAUCGUAAUUAUGUAUUAAAUAAAUCAUCGUCAAUGGAUCGUAUCAGGCAUAUUGUUCAAUUAUUAGAAAAUGAAGAAAAUAAACAAUUGAAAAAUGAAAAAAAUGUUGAGUCAAUUAUUUCAUGUGAACAACGAUGUGAUAAUACCGAUCCGUCACCUACAACGUGUACAAUUCCUCAACAUGUUAUCUCAAUCUCCGAUAUUAUGAUUCCAAAUCAACUUCGUUUUAUUCCCUUUUUAUCCAUGUUAAAUCGUGUUCAAUCUUAUGAAAAUCCAAAAUUAAAACAACUUAUACGUGCCGUUGUACCGCAUCAAGAAUUAGAUCAAAAUAUUAAACUCAAAUUGAAACAACUAUCAAAUGAAGAAAAAGUAUCGUACGACGAUCUGUUAUUAUUAGAACUAUUACAAUGGUUCAAAUAUAAAUUUUUUAAAUGGUUUGAUCAACCAAAAUGUAAUAUGUGUGAAAAACAAAUGGUUUAUAGUGCCAGUGUAGAACCAACAGUAGCUGAAUUAAAACAUGAUGCACAUAAUGUCGAAUUGUACAAGUAAAAUAUGUUUUUUCAGAAAUGACAUUUUUUUUAAAGGAUUGUGAUUAAUCUAUCUCAUUUUAUCUUUUCAAUAUGCUCAAAACUCAUAAAAAUGACCUUAUUUCAUGACUUUGACUUUUUUGAGCACGUAUCCGGUAUGCGUAACCGACGAAAUCUAUUCGAAAAAAAGCACUCCCAUUAUAUCAUCAUCACUAUAAUCGUACAAUCAGUUCUCUUUCUAACCAUUCACUAUUUAGUCUAGUAUAAUACAUUGUUCGAUGUACAUUGAAAAACUCUA